ACUAUGGAGUACUAUGCUGUUGUUGGGAACCGAGCGUGUUUUAUUUUCGUAUUGGGUUAAAUUAUUUCUAGAAUUCAAAAUUCGUGAGUGUUUAAGUUUGAUUAAGGAUAUUUCAUCGUGUAUAAAUAUUUAUAUACCGACCGAUUUCAUUUGACGUUCAUCGUUGCUAGGCUAUGUAAAAGUAAUCCUUUGCUUUCUAUUAAUUACAUCGAUAUUUCUAUCACCGCGAAAAAUGACCGAAGUCGCCGAGGGCGUUUUUCAAGCCGAACAAGUGUCGUACGCGGCAUAUAAUUUCGAAAAUACAGCGUUAGAAUUGGCACGUUCUCAAUGGCCAAACUACAAUGACCAACACUACCUGAGGGGCUGCAAAUGGUCGCCUGAUGGCACAUGCCUAUUGACGGCGGUUAGGGGCGCCGGUAUGCACGUUAUGGAGCUGCCCAGCGAUCUUUACUCUGGCGAUAGCGUCCUAACUAGUCGACCAAUCGGAGCCCUAAAUCCAGCCGUCAGUGUUCCCGAAGCUGGCCUUAUUUAUGAUUACUCCUGGUACCCUGGUAUGAACAGCGGCAAUGCAGCUACCUGUUGCUGGCUUUCGAGUGGCCACAGUGGCCCUAUUCAGCUGUGGGAUGCAUUUACUGGCGAUUUGCGUUGCACCUAUAGAGGUUACAACAGCGUGGACGAAGUGGAAGCUGCCAUGAGUGUGUCGUUUUCGGCGGACGGACAGAGUGUUUUUUGUGGAUACAAGAAAAAUGUUAAAAUUUUUGGCACUAGUCGACCGGGUCGUGAAUUUCUUGAAUACCCAGUGUCCCAUCAGGUGUCGUGCAUAGCCACCAGUCAAGCCCAGCCUGGGGUUGUUGGCAUAGGUACAGUAAAAGGAUCAAUUGAGUUGGUCUCUCAAAGCGACGGAUCUUUCAGGCACUUAUGCAAGUUAACAGGUCACAAAGGGGGUAUAACGACCAUGGCAUUUUCGCUGGACGGUUUUAGGUUAUACAGCGGCGCGAGGAAAGACAAAGAGCUCAUUUGUUGGGAUCUACGUGUACCCGGUAGGCCAAUGUUCGUGCUGCCCAGGGAGUGCAACACAAAUCAAAAAAUUUACAUCGACCUGUCCAUUGACGGGCAGUGGCUCGUGUCCGGAGGUACGGACGGUAAAGUACAAGUUUGGAACGUUUCUGAACAAAGUUAUCCUACGGUUCAUAUGCAGAUGAGUUUGCACAGCGACAGCUGUAACGGGGUGAGUUUGCACCCGUACCGUCCGGUAUUGGCGACCGCCAGCGGCCAACAUCACGCCCUUGAUCCGUUGCACCACUCCCGUACUGCUCUGGUGUACGAGAACGCCCUCUGCAUGUGGUGGGUGGGCGCGCAACAGGAAGAUCCCGAUCUACUUGCCGCCAUCAUUAAACAGGCUACCAAUUCUUAAGGUUCCCGUCGUUUAGUAAAUGAUAUGCUGUUCGCGUGCUCUUGUAUUCGAUUUUUAAAUAAAUUGGUUUUGUAAUA